ACUAGAAGAAUAGAAGUUGCUAUAGUGUAACAAGUGAUUUGUGUCUCUGCAUUCUGAGACCGUUUUUACAUUCGUCAAACCCCGCAGCGCUGAAUAAAAGUUGCGACAUUGUAACAAGCGGUUUGUUUUAAUACAAUUUAGAACACUUUUUUCUCCGCAAUAGCGCAACAUUGCAACAAAGUAGUUUGUCUCGCGACGUUCAUUGUACAACUAGUGGAAUAGAAGGACAGCUCGGUGUGCUUGCAGUAACCAGCCAAACAGUCCCAAGGAGACAAUGUUGGAUGGUGUUUUGUGAGCGUUUAAAGGGAAUGAGAGUAAACGAGGGAAGCACGCUUUGAGCACUGCAGCGUUCGAGUGGCCAGUGCCAUGAAACUGAAUCCACAGCAAGCCCCAUUAUAUGGUGAGUGUCUGUUGACUGUCCAGCUCUGUGAGGAAGAGUGUGUGGAGGAUGAGGAGGAUGUAGAGUUUUACCUGCUAUUCGCCGGCACCACCCAGAGGCACGUUUCCAGCACUUUGAAAGUCAGCCAUGUCACGCUGCAAGCCGUGUGCCCAGCUCAUGAUCGCAGUGAAUCCGUGCGGGUCACACUGUGCCAGGCCCGGCCUGGGGGCUCGGUGGACCCUGUGGCUGAGGAGUGCUUCCAGUUUGUCCAGGACCUCGCCCUGGACAUGGCCCAGUUCCUGGUGAACGCGGCUGGAAAGACAGAAGAAGCGUUACUUCUGGACGAGUGUCAGAUCCCCCUGAAGGAGUGCGAGAGGUUGGAUGAUACUCUGGCCCUUGCUCUUAGACAUCUGCCUCUACCAGCAGGCUGGAGCGUCCUGGGCACAGACUUGGACACGGGCACUUGCACAGGCUUGGGAAUUGAACCUGGACCACAAGACACACUUUUGCACUUUGCUGCAAAGCGUGGACUACGCAAGGUAGCACUGUUUCUCCUCCAGCAACCCGGAGGAAGAGAGGCUCUCCGACUUCCCAACAAACAGGGUCGUACGCCGGCCAGGGUCGCCCAGAAGAGAGGCCACACGCAGCUCCAGAAACUGCUGACGGAGGUUGAAAACCUGCCUGAGUUGGAGACGAAAGCGUCCAAGUGGCGUUACCCAGAAGGCAGAGUUCUGCAACACCACCCCAAGCUAAACACUUACACCCUUACGCUGGAUGAUGUGCCAGGGAGUCCUCGACCUAACCUUCAGUGUGAUGUGGAGGAGCUCCAACGCCUCAUUCGGUCACAUCAAAAGGAAGAUCAUCAACCACAGCAAAAACCAGGACUGCUGAUUCUUAACAGAGACUCAAGUGAUAGAACAGAGCCGCCCAAUUCGCUGGAGCCUGAGCAUCAGGAAUCCAACUCUGAAACCUGCGAUUCAAACAGCUCUGCCAUUGAGGAUGGAUUGUGUAUUCGUCAAAACGGCACGGGAGAUCACGUCCAAUCGCAGGACGGGGAGGUGGAGCCCUGCCCGCCAGCUGUAGGGGAUUCUGGGAAGGCGUCAGAUAAGGCUGACUGUUCGCAGCAACGGGUAGAAGGCGAUUCUGUGACUUUCAGUGCCCCUUCCUGUGGAAACCAGCGGGAGGAAGCUGAUAUAGAGCUCUGUGUAAUCAGUGCCGAACAGGGGGCUGAUAAAGGGAACCAAGAAGAGCAAGAGACUUGCCAGAAGAGUUUAGAGACUGAAACAGACAAUAUCGCUCAAUCUGGCAACCUUGAGUCCCAAGACAUGGGGCACGCACAAUCUCAGGGUCUCCUCCCCACGGAAACUAGUCAGCCUUCACAAAGAGGGGAGGAGGAGUGCGAGGGGAGUACAGAUCUUAGCUUGCGAGGGGACUUACCAGAGGAAAGGGAAGGGGAGAUGAAUAGCAGCCAGGAAAUAGGCUUAAACUCUUCAGCAGUUUCUUCCCGUGAUCCAGAGGACGUCAGGAUUGAACUCACGCUGCCCACGGAAUGCUCAGUGGAAAGAGACGAAGCUAAAUUGCCUUUAAAUCAGGUAAAUUCUGAGGUUGCCUCAUCCGUACGAAACGACGAAACUCUUAUUUCUGAUGGUGUUGACAAGCCACAUGGUAGCCUAGAGACAGAGACAGGAAAUCUUAGCGAAAAAACCAAAGGCAGCACUGAGUCAGUUUCUGGUUUGGUUACGGAUGACGCUAACAUAAAGCAGAACUCUGGGUUUAGCGGUUCAGAGGGUGAUUUUUUGGAAUCGUUAAGUCUCCGGCCAAACAUGGCACCAGGACCGGUCCACAAGGUUCGACGAGGGCUAUCGCCUGUUCCUGAGACUUCCUCUCAUGAAGGUCCAGCUGUGGAGUCCUUGUCUGAGACUACAGAAACUUUUCAACACCCACAAGAAGUCACACAACCUUCAGAAACUACGUUAGAAUGUCAGGAGAUUUUGUUGAAUGACUCAGACUGUGACACAGCAGGGGUUUCUGGUGGCAUCACUGCAGAGGUUGUGUCUUGCCAGACUGACUGUAGUCUACCUGAUGAAAGCAAAGAGGACGUAGCCCCUAAUGAGAAGAUGAACGAGCCUAAGGAGAUCUUUGAAGAGCCGGAAUCAAUUGAGGAAAUCAAAUCAAAAUCUAAUGGAUCUUCUCUGCCUGUUGAUUCCAAAGCCUUUAUUGUAAGUGAUUUACAACAGGAUGUGUCUACAGCACUGUCUUCUGAACAUUGUAGAGCUGAUAUAAUCGUAGAAGCACCUGAAACGUUUGUUCAGUCAGAUUCUACGUCGAAAGUGGUUGAUGAAUCUUCUCAGCUGAUUGAUUCAAAAUUGCAAACUCAGCAAACUGAUGAAUCUUCCGAGCCUGUUGACUCCGAAGCCUUCGUUGUAAGUGAUUUACAAGAGGAUGUGUCUACAGCACUGUCUUCUGAACAUUGUGAAGGUGAUAUAAUUGUAAGAACUCCUCCUCCUUUCGGAGAAGGGGCAUCUGAAACGUUUGUUGAGCCAGAUUCUACGUCUAAACUGGUUGAUGAAUCUGCUCAGCUGCCUGAUGCAAAACCACAAACUCAGCAAACUGAUGAAUCUUCUCAGCCUGUUGACUCCAAAGCUUUUGUUGUAAGUGAUUUACAAGAGGAUGUGUCUACAGUACUGUCUUCUGAACAUUGUGAAGGUGAUAUAAUUGUAGAAACUCCUGCUUUCGGAGAAAAGGCAUCUGAAACGUUUGUUGAGCCAGAUUCUACGUCUAAACUGGUUGAUGAAUCUGCUCAGCUGACUGAUGCAAAACCACAAACUCAGCAAACUGAUGAAUCUUCUCAGCCUGUUGACUCCGAAGCCUUCGUUGUAAGUGAUUUACAAGAGGAUCUGUCUACAGUACUGUCUUCUGAACUUUGUGAAGGUGAUAUAAUUGUAGAAACUCCUUCUCCUUUCGGAGAAAAGGCAUCUGAAACGUUUGUUGAGCCAGAUUCUACGUCUAAACUGGUUGAUGAAUCUGCUCAGCUGACUGAUGCAAAACCACAAACUCAGCAAACUGAUGAAUCUUCUCAGCCUGUUGACUCCAAAGCCUUUGUUGUAAGUGAUUUACAAGAAGAUGUGUCUACAGUACUGUCUUCUGAACAUCGUGAAGCUGAUAUAAUCGUAGAAACUCCCUCUCCUUUCGGAAAAGCGUCUGAAACAUUUGGCCAGCUUGAUUCUGCAUCUGAACUGGUUGAGCAGAUUCUUGAGGAAUAUUCUGGAGAUACCGCAAAUGAAAAUCAAAUUUCUGAGCCAGGGGAACCAUCGUUUCCUACUUUGGAAGAGGAACCGGGAUUUAAGGAUGUCGCUCCAGAUGAACCUUUACAGGAAACGGAAAUUGACUCCACUUCACAGGACACAAUCAGUGAGCUCCCUGAUCCGUCGGAAAUCGCACACAAUGAUUGUCCUGAAUUCAAUGCGCAGUCCCAGCUUCCAGAAUCCUCCACGGAGGGUGCAAACACAUCAGCAGAACCUACUGUUGAAUGUGUGAAUGAUCUAGACCUGUCUUGUCCCUCACCCCUAAUGGAAACCCAAGGCGACAGACCUUCUGAGACCCCCUUUACUGAUGGAGUAAAGAUCUCUGAUGUAAUUCCUGGCGGGGGUGAAUGUAUUGACAUGGCUACCGACACGUGCGAGACGAAUGUCUCAGGGGACAACCUGUGCACUCCCAUGGACGACACCAGUGGUUCACCUCUGGAGAGCUCCUCCAUGUCUGACCCACUCAACGCCUCAUCCUCAACAGAUGAGCUCACUUCCCCUUUGGAUAUUAAUAGUGGAUUGCAUCAGGAUUUGGAACACACUUCCCCAGUGGAUAUAGCAGACAAUGGUUUGACUGAGGAACCACAGCCUUCAGAAACACCUGAGAGCCUGAAUGGAUUACAUCAAGAUACUUCUGAUUGUUUAAUGGAGCGCGGUGAAACUCUUCAGCAACGUGCUGAGGAACCACAAGUCGAACAAAUGACAGAUGACAGCACUUUAGCUAAGGAUGCGGUGGACGGACACCAAGACUCCUCAGCAGUCAUAGCAAAUUCCGAAGCGAUCCACAGAGAGACUGAGACGUUGUAUGCAGUUGAUGCCAGUCGAGAUGCUGGAAUUCAGGAGAAGAAAUCCACUUCUGUGAUUUCAGAAUUCCCCCCUUCGACUCCCUCACCCGAGACCGUACGUCACACAGAGUCAGCGAGCACCAUGCGAGGGUCCGCCAGCGAUGGUGACUCUCUGUUUAGCCAGGAUUUGGCCGAGGACAGCGUUUUUAAUAAUAAGGCUGAGGACAGCGUUACAGUCACCAGUGGUGUGUCCAUGACCUACUCGUCCUCCACAGAUGACACCUCCAGCCUCGGGACCCCUAGCGCCAUCUCUCAGGCCAGCACAGAAGCUCCUACGUCAGACCCCUGUCCGGAAAAGCCCAUGUCUCCUGGAGCAUCACCUGUUUCAGGAGAAACAGAGGAGGAAGAGAAAAAGGAUCGCUUGACAGACGUCCCGGAGCGGUCGGCCAUUUUACGUACCACUAUACGAUCCCUGUCGCCUUUCCGCAGGCACAGUUGGGGCCCUGGCAAAAAUUCAGCAGGGGAGACGGAGAUUAGUCAACGCAGUCCAACACGAGGCGAAGUGGAGCGCAGGUCUGCGGGUCAUAGGAGAAGCAUGAGCUGGUGUCCUUCGGCCGCCCUGCGCUCAGAAAAGGACGAAAUAAACGAAAGAAGCUACAGCCUGGAAGGACUUGCGGCAGAGAAGGAAGGAAGGAAAAGUCUUAACCAGUGCAUGGGGGAAGCCAGCCAGGAACCAAACUGUCCGUCAAAGCUGGACAGAGAAGAGAGAGGCUCGCUUGUGUCCCUGACAGAAGAAGAACAGGAAUCAGACCUGGGCGACUGCAGUAGUUUGGACAGCCAGAAGUCCAUCCAGUCUGGACGAAGAUAUGUCCCACCUUCACAACCCUUUCUCACCAAGUCUGUCUCCAUGUUGGCCAUCAGUCACAAAGACCUGGAUGGAUUGGCCUCGUUCACAGGGACAUCGGGAUCUUUAGAAUACAGUAUAUCAGAGGAGGAUCCGGGCCCGUUGCGGAGUGACAGUGAAGGCAAAGUUGGAGGAACCAAAGUGAGCAGGACCUUCAGUUACCUCAAGAGCAAGAUGAGCAAAAAGAACAAGGAGAAGGAGAAAGACAAGAAUAAGGAACGCGAGCGAGAUGCCAAAGACAAGGAGAGGAGAGCCUCAAACGGGCAUCUCUUCACCGCGGUCAUGCCAGUACCCACAAUCCCCUGCCACCAGUGCAACAAACCUAUCAACACUAAAGAUGCUUUCCUCUGCACCAAUUGCAAUGCACAAGUCCACAAAGGCUGCAGAGAGAGUCUUCCUGUUUGUGCCAAAGUCAAAAUGAAGCAGCAGAAACAGCAGCAGACGGUUCCAGAUUCUGCGCUGACACCUGGUGUUACGCUUAGAAGUAAAACCCUGCCAGCACGGGAACGUCCGUGGUCCGCCAUCUCUAUUCCCGAUGAUCAACCCGCUCCUCUCGCCCCUCCUCGGAAAAGCCCCAGCAGUAUCAUGUCUUUCAACAGCAACCCUCUGUCCAAGAGCAUGUCCAUUAAUAACAUCGCAGGACAAAUGGAAGACCCUCCGCUAAAGAGUCUGAAGUUUUUGUCCCAGUCGACCGACUCUCUUCACAAGACCAGUAAAGUCAGUGAGUCAACAGAAUCUCUUACCGAUGAGGGUACAGAGAUGAUGGACAGUCAGUUGAUGGGAGAAUUUGAAGCUGAUGCCAAAGAGCUGGAAGCAGAUUCUUGGAUCUUUACGGUGGACAAGAAAUUCCUGAAACAGCUUAAAAAGGAUGUUAUCAAGAGGCAAGAUGUCAUCUACGAGCUCAUCCAGACAGAAAUGCACCACGUGAGGACCUUGAAGAUCAUGGCUGAUGUUUACAGUAAAGGGCUACUGAGAGAAGUUCAACUGGAGGUUCAGACUGUAGAGAAGAUGUUUCCUAUGUUAGAUGACGUUCUGGACUUGCACACACAGUUCUUUUCACAGCUGCUUGAAAGAAAGAAAGAGUCAACGAGCCAGGAGGAGGGCGGCUUUGUCAUCCGAAAGAUUGGUGACUUGCUAGUCUCUCAGUUCUCAGGUUCCAGCGCUGAGAGAAUGAAGAAGGUCUAUGGGAAGUUUUGCAGCAGACACAAUGAAGCUGUGAACUUCUACAAGGAGCUUCAAACCAAAGACAAACGUUUUCAGGCUUUCAUCAAGAAAAAGAUGAGCAGCCCUGUUGUCCGACGCCUAAGCAUUCCUGAGUGUAUAUUGUUAGUCACACAACGAAUAACAAAGUAUCCCGUCUUACUACAGAGAAUAUUGCAGCACACAAAAGAAAAUGAGGAGGACCAUGCAGAUGUAACCCAAAGUCUGAAAUUAGUGAAGGAGGUGAUUGCCGCCGUAGACAAUAAAGUGAAUGAGCAUGAGAAGAAAAAGAGGCUAAAGGAAGUGUACAGCCGGACGGACAGCAAGUCCAUCAUGAGGAUGAAAAGCGGGCAGAUGUUUGCCAGAGAGGAUCUGUUACGUGGGCAGAAGUUAAUUCACGAUGGGCCGCUACAGCUGAAGAAUUCAGCAGGCAGACUCAAAGAUGUCCAGGCUCUGCUGCUGAGGGAUGUGAUUGUGUUUCUACAGGAGAAAGAUCAGAAGUACAUAUUCGCAUCCUUGGACCAGCGCUCCACUGUCAUCUCCCUGCAGAAACUCAUCGUGAGGGAAGUAGCCAAUGAGGAGAAAGGACUGUUCCUGAUAACGGCCGGCAUCGAGAAGCCUGAGAUGGUAGAAGUGUACACCAGCUCUAAGGAAGAGAGGAACACGUGGAUGCAGCUCAUUCAGGAGGCUAUGCAGUCAAUACUCUCGAUUUCCUCCAGGGAGGGAGAUGAUGAUGAAGGUGUGCCUAGUGAAAACGAAGAGGACAGAAGACUUCAAGAAAUCAAAGUCAAGGAGUUGAGAGAUCAGCUACACAAGAGGGAUGAGCAGAUCUUGACUUUACUGGAGGAGAAAGUGAAGUUGUUCAGGGACAUGUGUGACUGUGGCGUACCAGACGAGACUGGUCUUCGCAACAGAAUGCUCUUCAGGGCCACACCCGACGACAUCACCAAAGGAGAACCAAUCAUGAAGGAGGCUCUAAAGGAAGUUGAGACAUUACAGGUUCUGGUAAACGACAGUCUUGGAGGAGCGGUGCAGGAUGGCGUAUGUGCGGCGGGACCCGUGACUUUGCCACGACGGGCGGAAACCUUUGGAGGCUUUGAUAGUCACCAGAUGAACAUCUCAAAGAGUAAAGAUGGAGACAGAGAGGAGAUGGAAGACUCUGCAGAGCUCCGCAGGACUGAGUCAGACAGCGUUUUAAAGAAGGCAAGCAACACCAACCCACUGCUUCUACUCAAGAGGAACAACGAGCAGGUUCUUCAGAGCGUCGCUCAGCUCCAUGACCUGCUGAACACAUUACAGGCUGUUGUCAUCCAGCAAGACACCUUCAUCGAAGACCAACGGCAUGCCCUCAGCGAUCGCCCCCAGCCCUCUUCGCGCCACCCAUCCGUCUCGUCCCUCAACUCCUCAUCGUCCUCAUCCUCAUCACGGCCCAGCUCACUAAUCGAGCAGGAGAAACAGCGGAGUCUGGAGAAGCAGCGGCAAGAAGUCGCCAGCCUCCAAAAGCAGCAGGCCGCCCACGCCGAGGAGAGGAGGCGCAGGGAAAAAGAGUGGGAAGCGCGGGAACGGGAACUGACCCAGAGGGAGUCGCAGCUGCUGACACAAGAGGAAGAGGUGCAGAGAAGAUGGAAAGAUCUGGAUGAGGAGAAACAGGACCUGCAGAGUAAAAAAGAAGAGUAUCAGAGAGACCUGGCACGCCUCAGAGACAGCCAGAAGAGACUGGAGAGAGAACGAGAGCAAGUGCAGAGAGAAGCAGAGCAGAUCAGACAAACAGAGGAAUCAAGGAAGAACCGAACGCCUUCCACCACGUCUGAGGACUCCUCGAAGUUCCAAAGCACUGGUUCAUUGGACCGCGACCCCUCAGAAGUGGAGCUGUCCUCGUCUCCGUCUGCCAGAGACUUCCUGUCCCGCAUGGACUCCAAACGCAAAGGGAAGAACCUCAAUCCAUUUUCCUCCAAUUCAAGCCAGAAGGGCCAGAACAGCGAGGCGCAGAGCCAGAUCCCCAGCCGCCUGCUACAGCUGGCCAAACCCAAGGAGAAGAAGGACAAGAAGAAGAAGAAGGGAAAAGGGCAGCAGAGCCAGACUGCAGAAUCUCAGAGCACUGUGGUUCCGAGCUCAACCCUGGACGGCGAGAUCUUUUUCUGCUGAUUCGGCCCCCUCUUCAUCUUCCACAAUGCCUCUAUGCAGGGCUUUUGCUGGUCUCUGGUUGUGGACUUGUAAACCAGAGUUACAGUCACAUACCUGUGGUCCCGAUGGGCGUCAGCCCUGGACAGGAAGUUUAAAAUGACUGUUUCCUGUGACCUAAUUUUCAGCGGCCAGCAUACUGCGCAGUGCCUUCCAUCCCUCACAUGCACCUACGAAGGCCAACAGGGACCUGGAGCACGAGUACAUUGCGGAUAAACCCACCGCGGGCACAUUUUCCACACAGAAACUUCGUGUGAAAAUCAAAAAAUAGAUUUACAACAGCAAGCGGCAUCCCGCUGAGAGACAGCUGGCUUUCAGCGACAGCAAAAGUCAAUUUCUGAAGGACAUUUGACUAAUGAAGAUACUAAUAAUCAAAGCGAGUGAACUCCAUGAAUGCAGUGACUUAAGUUACCACAAUAUUUCCAUCCUCCUCCUUUCAUCCUUGUCAUGUUACAAUGUGCCUCACUAAUAAGACUUGAUUUAAAUACAAUCCUGAAUACUUUUUAUGAAUAGAAGGGAUGCAUUUUAGUGAGCACGACAGAAAUUGAAGUGCAAAAGAGUGUAAGAAAUGUUGUUUUUUUUAAGUUAUUGUUUUUGUUAAUCACAUUUCCAUCCCUAAAUGACUGAAAAUUCACUGAAAAAAAUUGAGUUGCGACUCUAAACGCUUCACAAACCCCACAGAAGUUUUUUUUUUUUUUUUUUUUCAAA